AUGACUCCCACAAAAGCAACAUGGCUUGAAGAAAGCAGGGCAGCGUACUUGCGUCUCAAAACUGAACGCAGCAAUAUUUAUGUUGAAAACCGACUUCCCAGCAGCGCAUGUAAUCCCUACCUUGCUCUGGCAGGAACCCUGGCUGCAGGAAUUGACGGGUUGGAGCGAAAACUCCAAUGCCCGAUACAGGACGACCCUACAGCUCCAUUUAUCCCCAAGACAUUGGAAGCAGCGGCAUCUGCUUUGGAAGAGGAUCAUAUUUUGAUCAGGGCUCUUGGGGAAGAUUUCGUAAAUGCAUUUCUGUGUCUUGUUAAUAAAACUCUUAAGGAUAAAACUGAAAAACAACUGGAGAAUAUUGAGUGCCAAAGAAGUAUUUAUUUUCAUUGCAUUUAA